AGAAAUGUUUUUCCCAUCAGGCCUAUGGAUUGGGUGUCCAUAACAUCCUUGUUGUUGUGGCAAUAAUCCUCUUUAGUAGUAAUGGAUGCUGUAAUAUUGGUAUAUAUUAUUACACUUGCGCUGAAACAUAAAAACACAUUUGUAGGCCACGGUUUGUUUGAAAUAUUAUAUUGUAGAUCAAUACAUCUCUUUCUCAGUUAUCUAGAAUAACUACGUUAGCUAGCUAGCAAGUUAGCUGCAAUUACUGUUAGCCUCAAUAAGUUCAGUAGCAACGAGGCCAGAUAGCUAACGUUACAGUAGCUAGCUAACUUGCAAGUGUGUACUUAUUGACCUGCGGUCGGGGAAAAAUGGCAAACCUCUUCCAAAAGACAAAGUGGGGACAGGAAUCAGAGGGAUGCACGACGAGAGAGGACACACAGGAGGGCAUGAGCCGAUAAACAGAAAAAGGAGAAUGAUUUCGCGAUACAGCAGGAGAACAGUAUCGCACAAUCUUGAGGUUCGGGGCAUAUCCCGAAGCAGCCUUGACCAUCACCCUCUCCCAGAGGAGGUAGACAAUGACUUCCUCCCCCAUUGCCUCCUCCAUGACCUUCAGGAAGCUGUCUCCACUUACAACAGCUCGGAGAUGACAUCUGCAGCCUCUUGCCGGUCAGACUGUCCAACGGCCACUACUGGAGACACGACACGGUCCUGGUCUGGGAUCCACAGCUACACAGAGACGGGUAUCUCUACAGAGAGGAGCUCUGUCUUCUCCUGGGGCUAUGAUGAAUUUGACAAGGUGGCGGCGCGACAGGUGCAGCAGAUGUUUGAGGAGAUUGACGAGGAGCUUUAUGAGGGGCGGGGUGGGGCACAUCUACGGGGGCUGCAAGAUGAGUGCCAUCAGUGGGCCUUCAGGUUCCCUCACCUACGGAUUCUGGGUAGUCAGCUGGUGUGUCCCAAUGACGAGGGCUUCCAGUGGUACGCCACUUCAGGGGAGGGGCCCGGGACAGCCAGCAGCAGUGCAGCUGGACUAAAGGACAGCAUCAGUAGCAAGCCCCAGGACAAGGACAAGCCUGGCCCCUGCACAGAUCUGUGUGUGCAAGGUAGGAAGGCUGUGCUGUCCAGGCCCAGUGAGGAUGUUGACCACCCCCCUGGUACUCCCAGUGGAUCCAGAGGUCAUGACAGGCCCAGGGUGAUCGAGGCUGAAGGCCUGAUGGAGGAGUACCUGGCCUUUGACUGCAGGGAUUUGGAUGACAAGUGGGAGCGGGGGUGCAUGGGGGCUGGUCGGCGGUGGUAUGGCCUGCCUCCGGUGUCUCCCUAUCGCUGUCGCAGACAGGCAGUCCUCGACCUGCUGUUUGACGAUGUGUGGCGAGAGCUGUUUGGCUGGAUGGAGGAGCUGGUCCGCAGGCACUGGGAGGGCUGUGUGUCAGAUGACGAGAAAAAUGCAGUGAACUUCAGCCCAUCCCAGUCAGAUGCUCAGAACCCUUUCCUGCUCCUGUCCACACUGCCCACUCUGCUCCCCAGGCUGGGCCAGAGCAGGGUGCCCCAGCUAACAGGAACCCCACAACCCCAGACCACAAAAUCAAGGGGCUCAAAGCACAAGCCCAGACGGAAAUCCAAAAAGCAGAAAAAAUCAUCUACUGUAUGCAACUCUCACCUAGAGGCAAAAUGUUGCCGAUCGACGCCAUCCACAGCGUCCAGUCGGGUCCCUGUAGAGGCGGCAGUGACACAUCACAACCUCAACGAACUCAUAGUCAUCCACGGCAUCCCCCUGCAGCAGAGGAACCUGGGAGUGAUGGAGAGAGCCCAGUAUGGAGACCAUAAGGACCCUGAGGAGAGGGUGAUGACCCAUAGGCCAGGGUCCACCGUGAUUCCGUCUAGCAAGCCACGUCCUCGCCGGGUGCUAGAGCAGAACUCCUCCUCCCUGUCCCGCCCUGCCCAGUCGGCCAGACGCCGUAACCCGCCUCCACGCACCCUUUUGCCCUUGGUUCCCAGCCUGACACAGUCCAGUGCCGCUGGCUCCAUGGAGGAGGUCAUCCGUGGGACGCGCCUACCCACAGCCAGUGACCGCCUGGCCUCUGCUCCGAUGCCUCUGAGCAGGAACACACUCCUUCCUCCCAUCGGCACUGGGGACGCUGAGCCCAGGCACUCUGGACAGCACUUCAGACCUACUCAGCGGCAUAGAGACUUGUCCAGUCGUGCCCACAGUGCUGUUACAGAUGAAGCAGGUAGUUUGCUUCCUCGGGAUCGGCUUCAUCAAUUGGACGUAUUCUCCCGUCCCAACACCACCCACACCUACAGGUCAGACACCCCUUACCGCCGCUCCUUCACGGUGCUGGACAACAUUGGACAGGGACGUCCUGGCAGGGCAUCUGUGGGUACAGACUCUCUGGGCAUCGGAGUGACGGGCAUCAGUUUAGGCAUCAGCAGCUCCUCCUUCCUGAACUCCUUUGCCCACCACCCCCUGGGCCACUCCCCCAUUGAAGAUGAGGAGGAGCCUGAUACACAAGCCCCUCCCCCAGCUCUACUGGUGCCUGUUUCAGUCCCAGCAAGCUCCCAAAACCGGGGUGGCUUCAUGUCCCGCAGUAGCAGACCUGGGUUGUAGCUGCUUUGACCUCGCCCACCUCCACCUUCUCCAACCACACUCUCCUCAGCACAGCAAGGUGCAAGCCCUGCUUCCAAUCCCAACGGUGCUCUCAAACGACACUUUAUACAGAAGCAGAUCUUUUGUACAAUGUACUGUUUGGUGAUUUUAUUUAUUGAUGCUUUUUGUUUUUCGAGAGCCUUAUUUUUGUAUUUUGGAACUCUCACCUUCCCUGGCUGCCAAAGAUAGUAAACUGUCUCAUUUACCACCUGUAUGUCGGUAUGUACUCUACCGUUCAAAAGUUUGGGGUCACUUAGAAAUGUCCUUGUUUUUUAAAUAAAAGCACAUUUCUUGACCAUUAAAAUAACAUCAAAUUGAUCAGAACCAUCACUCCUGUGUUCCAAUGGCACGUUGUGUUAGCUAAUCCAAGUUUAUAAUUUUAAAAGGCUAAUUGAACAUAAGAAAACCAUUUUGCAAUUAUGUUAGCAUAGCUGAAAACUGUUAAACUUCUGAAACUAGUCAGUCUAUUCUUGUUCUGAGAAAUGAAGGCUAUUCCAUGCAAGAAAUUACCAAUAAACUGUACUACUCCCUUCACAGAACAGCGCCAACUGGCUCUAACCAGAAUAGAAAGAGGAGUGGGAGGCCCCGGUGCACAACUGAGCAAGUACAUUAGAGUGUCUAGUUUGAGAAACAGAUGCCUCAAGUCUUCAACUGGCAGCUUCAUUAAAUAGUACCCGCAUAACACCACUAGGCAGAGUUGCAAAGAAAAAGCCAUAUGUCAGACUGGCCAAUAAAAAGAAAAGAUGAAGAUGGGCAAAAGAACACAGACACUGGAUAGAGGAAGAUUGGAUAAAAGUGUUAUAGACAGAGUUUAAGUUUGAGCUGUUCGGAUCACAAAGAAGAACAUUCGUGAGAUGCACAAAAAAUGGAAAGAUGCUGCAGGAGUGCUUGACACCAUCUGUCAAGCAUGGUGGAUGCAAUGUGAUGGUCUGUGGGUGCUUUGGUGGUGGUAAAGUUGGAGAUUUGUACAGGGUGAAAGGGAUCUUGAAGAAGGAAGGCUAUCACUCCAUUUUGCAAUGCCAUGCCAUACCCUGUGGACGGCUCUUAAUUUGAGCCAAUUUCCUCCUACAACAGGACAAUGACCCGAAGCACAGCUCCAAACUUUGCAAAAACAAUUUAAGGGAAGAAGCAGUCAGCUGGUAUUCUGUCUAUAAUGGAGUGGCCAGCACAGUCACCGGAUCUCAACCCUAUUGAGCUGUUGUGGGAGCAGCUUGACUGUAUGGUACGUAAGAAGUGUCCAUCAAGCCAAUCCAAUUUGUGGGAGGUGCUUCAGGAAACAUGGGGUGAAAUCUCUUCUGAUUACCUCAACAAAUUGACAAGAAUGCCAAAGGUCUGCAAGACUGUAAUUCGUGAAAAUGGAGGAUUCUUUGACGAAAGCAAAGUUUGAAGGACACAAUUACUAUUUCAAUUAGAAAUCAUUAUUUAUAACUUGUCAUCGUCUUGACAAUUUCCUAUUCAUGUAUGAUUUAAUGGAAAACAAGGACAUUUCUAAGUGACCCCAAACUUUUGAACGGCAUUGUGUGUACUGUGUACUGUAUCUAUGGUUUAGAUGUAUAUGUGUGAAUGUAUAUUGUCUGUUCUUUUCUCUGAUCUAUCUCUAUACUCUUAAGUGAUUCUAUGCAGGUAAUGGGAAGUCAAAAGCAUUUUGCACACUGACACGCUUCGUCAGGCUGCUUUGUACUUUUCUAAUGACAUGAUUUUUUUAUUUUCCCAUGUGUAAAAAGACGAGCACAAAACCUCUGGGUUUCACAUAGCAUACCUUAACAGGAGGAGACAAGACAAGCUUUAGACGAUAACUAAAUGGGUAGGUAUUUGGUGUUUUCCUCACAAGCCUUUUUGUGAUGAGGGCUUAGUGUAAGCCACAGGAGACAUGUGAGGGAAUAGAGGGGCUGUAUUAGUACUGGGACAAUUCACCUCACUGCAGUAGAAGCCAUAUGUUGUUUUCAGCAGAGGGACUAGCUGAGCCUAGAUCAUUCAGGCAAUUUUUAUAUAAAUACGUGAUAGAUGUGUGACUAGAGAGCAUGCAGGUAACAAGUUUUAAUCCUAAUUUGACCUUCUACCUUGUCUUAACUUCAAGGUUUUGUGCAGGGAAACAUGUAAGAUUUCUGCUAAAUGUAAUAGGGUUUUAUAAGCACAUUUAUGUUUCUAGUCCCUUGUGCUUAACACAAGAUAUAUUGGCGCUCCUUUGCAUUUCCUAAUUAUGACUGAGAUGGAAGGUUUUUAUGUAUAUUUUCCAAAACAGAACUGCAGGUCCCCUUCUAUUUAUAUGGCUUCAACAACAGUCAGGAGCACCAAUUAACAUGGAGGUAUUUGACUUCUUUAUAGAGUUAGGUUGCACUGGAUGGUCUCCCUUGUAGAUGGCAAUAAUAAAGCUUGAAAUGCAGCAUAGUUCUGUAUGGAUUCCUUUUGAAGUUUAUCCCAGAAUUUUAUAUAGAAUAAUAAAGAUGUGUAUUCAAAUAAAUAUAAUUAUUGAAUUGCC